GCAAGGUGACGCAGCAGCCCUGAGGGAAAACCCACGGAAGAAAAGGGAUCAGCUGGACCAGAAUUUAGGCCAGGAGUGGAAGGCAUCUGUCAGACCUUUGCAUGUGCAAGAGCCUACAGUUCUGCCUCACGAGAGCCGGGGGAGGUCUGGGACAUUGCCUAGUGAUUACCGGUACUCUCAGGAAAACGUGAAUGAGAAGAGCAAGGAUCGCAGCCUGCCUCAUCUCCCCUGCUCUGAGCCCCAGACUGUGGAUGAGAACCACUCCUGUCUGUCCCGGGGCAAAGGAGAGGAAAACCAUAGGGUAGAGCCGGCGUUGCUGAACAAGAAACGUGGGCCUGCUCCUCAGAGGCCGCCACCACCCAGAAGAGAUAAAUACAGGCGACCGGAAAAUUCUGCGCCAUCGCUUGGCACCUCUUCUGAAUCCCUGCUGGUAGCGCCCAGCCGGCCCUUUCCGUCCUCGUCCCCCAGCUCUGCCGAAGUAUUUGCCAGUCAUCCCCCUCUCUGUCCGAGUCCUGCGGCUUUCAGUGGAAAACCGAAGGGUGCUAACCCACAGCAGCUCCAGCAAGUGGCAUCCACGGAGAAUGUUUGUCAGCACUUAGAAGAAAGAACGCACCUUAGGUCUGAGUCUGUAUUAUCUUCCAAGUAUCGGUAUCUUCAAAAACCCGGCAUGGAGACAUCAAGGUCCCCUUCUCCUCAGUUUGCGCCGCAGAAGCUCACUGAUAAACCUCCUGUGUCCGUACAGGAUGAGAACCCAGCCAGAAUUGAAAGGGUUAUGGACAACAAUACUACGGUGAAAAUGGUUCCCAUCAAGAUAGUUCAUUCUGAGAGCAGCGCAGAGAAGGAGAGUCGGCAAAGUCUUGUCACUACCAUGGAGCCUCCUGCUUUGCCCAGCGGUUUGGAAAAGGACCAGAUUAAAACACUCAGCACUUCUGAGCAAUCCUACUCACGAUUCUGUGCUUACACCAGGCAAGGUGUAGAGCCAGAGCCAGAAGCCAGAACCAAACCAGCUGACCCUCAACCAGCUGAUGAACCUGGGAGCAACUUGAAGGACAGCACUGCUGCCACGCCAGCAGUCAGCUAUGUAAAGGCCAAAGAGAAGACCUUGGAAGAUUGGAAGUCAGAGGAACUAGCCAGAGAGAUUGUAGGAAGAGAUAAAUCUCUAGCAGACAUACUAGAUCCCAACGUGAAAAUAAAAACAACGAUGGAUCUGAUGGUUGGGAUAUUCCCUAAGGAUGAACACCUCCUAGAAGAAGCUCAGCAGCGCAGGAAGCUACUGCCAAAAGUUCCUUCUCCAAAGAUUUCGGAGGAAAAGAAAGAGGAGCAGAGCACGCCGUCUGCCAUCUCCCUGACAACCAAUUCUACUUACUACAGCACAUCUGCACCGAAAGCAGAGCUGCUGAUUAAAAUGAAGGACAUGCAGGAGCAGCAGCAGCAGCAGCAGAGCGAGGAUGAUUCUGAAGACGAACUGGAUCAUGACUUGUCAGAAAAGAAGCAAGAACUUAUUGACAGCAUUAGUAGGAAGCUGCAGGUGCUGAGGGAAGCACGGGAGACACUUCUGGAAGACAUCCAAGCAAACAAUAUACUGGGGGAGGAGGUAGAGGCCAUUGUGAAAGAAGUCUGCAAGCCAAACGAGUUCGACAAAUUCAAGAUGUUUAUCGGCGACCUUGACAAAGUGGUCAACCUCCUCCUGUCACUGUCAGGUCGUCUGGCCCGGGUGGAAAAUGCCCUUAACAACCUGGAUGAAAAUACCUCUCCGGAAGAACGGCGGACAUUGGUAGAGAAGCAGAAGCUGCUGACCCAGCAACACGAAGAUGCAAAAGAACUGAAGGAAAACCUGGAUCGUCGGGAGCGCAUUGUCUUUGACAUUUUGGCAAACUACUUGAGCGAGGAGAACUUAGCAGACUACGAGCACUUUGUAAAAAUGAAGUCGGCCCUCAUCAUCGAGCAGCGAGAGCUCGAGGACAAGAUCAAGCUGGGGGAAGAGCAGCUGAAGUGUCUGACCGAUAGCCUCCAACCUGAACGGCUCAAAUAAGGGGGCUGGGUUUGGCCAAGGAUGUGAAAAACGGGAAAGAAGGAAGGGUUGGGGGAUUCUCCAAGUAUACAAAUGAGUAUCUUGGCUUGUCUGAGUGUCCAGUAGAGAAGCAAGUGCACAAGAGAAAAGUAGCUCUCACAACAGCAAUAACGCUCUCUUUCAGUUGUUUUGGGAUGAUGUAUUUAAUUUUUUAGAACACAUUUUUAUUGCUGGACUCUGCAGCUGUUUCUCAUUGCUUAACUUCCAGGCAGCUCCACCGAAGAGGGCAGGCUCUUAACCCUUCUGCUCAGCAAGUGGAAAGCCUGGGGCAGUUUGUGCAUGCAAACAACGGUUUUUAGAAUAGGCUGUAUACUUCCUUUGUGUUCAGAUGCUGUACAGACUGCUGGGAAACCCCAACAGCAAUUUAUGAAUGCACACAAAUUUAGAAGCUCUAAAUUUAGUGGCUUUUUAUUUUUUUAAAGACACAUUAAAUAGGGGGAGCGUGCAUCUUAUAGCUAAUAUAUUCAGAUUGCUGAAAUGUAGUGUCACUCUGAUCCUGUGGC